AUGGUGAAUUCUCCUCUUCAUGUUACCAUCACCUCUACGUUAGCACAAAAGCAGCAAUUUAAAGAAAUGAUGAAAGGCUUUUGCUUGGGUAGUCACUUCUCAGCAGAUUGGAGGUCUUGGAGUAUAAACCAAGGAACUAUUUUGAACAGUGUCUGUGUAGAAAAAAAUGAAACAUUAGGUGGAACCUGUUUGAAUGUUGGAUGUAUUCCAUCCAAGGCCUUGCUGAACAACUCGCAUCUGUAUCACUUGGCCCAUGGAAAAGAUUUCGCUAAUAGAGGAAUUGAAAUUACAGGAAUCCGUUUGAAUCUAGAGAAGAUGAUGGAACAGAAGAGUGGUGCAGUGAAGGCUUUAACAGGUGGAAUUGCUCAUUUAUUUAAACAAAACAAGGUUGUACAUGUAUCUGGGUUUGGAAAAAUAACUGGCAAAAACCAAGUCACUGCAACCAAGGAAGAUGGCAGCACACAAGUUAUCAAUACAAAGAACAUACUUGUAGCCACCGGCUCAGAAGUUGCUCCCUUCCCUGGAAUUACUAUUGAUGAAGAUAAUAUCGUGUCAUCCACUGGUGCGCUGUCACUGAAAAAAGUUCCUGAAAAGAUGGUUGUCAUUGGUGCAGGAGUCAUUGGUGUGGAACUGGGUUCAGUUUGGCAGCGCCUUGGUGCAGAUGUGACAGCUGUUGAGUUCAUGGGCCAUGUUGGUGGAAUGGGAAUCGACAUGGAGAUCUCUAAAAACUUCCAACGUAUUCUUCAGAAACAAGGACUUAAGUUUAAACUGAACACCAAAGUUACUGGUGCUACCAAGAAUCCAGAUGGAAAAAUUGAUGUAGCUGUUGAAGCUGCUGCUGGUGGCAAGGCAGAAGUAAUAACUUGUGAUGUGCUCCUAGUUUGCAUCGGUAGGCGUCCUUUCACACAAAAUCUAGGUCUUGAGGAUAUUGGAAUUGAACUUGAUAAGAAGGGGAGGAUCCCAGUCAAUAACAGAUUCCAAACCAAAAUUCCAAACAUCUAUGCUAUUGGUGAUGUAGUUGCUGGACCUAUGCUGGCCCACAAAGCUGAGGACGAAGGCAUUCUUUGCGUAGAAGGGAUGGCUGGGGGAGCAGUUCACAUUGACUAUAACUGCGUACCUUCUGUGAUAUACACUCACCCUGAAGUGGCCUGGGUUGGCAAAUCAGAAGAACAGUUGAAAGAAGAGGGUAUAGAAUACAAAAUUGGGAAAUUUCCAUUUGCUGCAAACAGCAGAGCAAAGACAAAUGCUGACACAGAUGGCAUGGUGAAGAUACUUAGCCAAAAAUCAACAGACAGGAUGUUGGGUGCUCACAUUUUAGGCGCAGGUGCUGGUGAAAUGGUUAAUGAAGCUGCCCUUGCUAUGGAAUAUGGAGCAUCAUGUGAAGAUGUAGCCAGAGUUUGCCACGCCCAUCCAACAGUGUCAGAAGCCUUCAGGGAAGCAAACCUAGCAGCGUCUUUUGGCAAAGCUAUCAACUUCUAAAAUGAAAGAGCAGAUCUUUGUACAUGGGUAGUACAUCUCUGAAAAUGGACUGUGGGUCCUUAUGGAAGGCUGAGUCUGAGGAUUUUAGGACUGAGUUAAGUGAAUCUCUUCAUUUUAAACAUCAAAUAUUUAAACAAGUAGAGUUUGGAACAAGUGGAAUUAUCCAGUGUCUGUAAAUUAAAUACUUAAAAUUACAUGUUUAUUUACAUGAUGAAUGUUGCAGAAAAACAGCCUGACAGAACUCUUCUUUUUCAAAACCAAACAUUUUGCUGCUGCGUGGGAUUAUCAGGUGUGCUGGUCAAAACUCUGGAUAAGCGUCCAGCAUACCUGGUGUUUUCUUAUUUGAAGUAGUGAUAGACUAAACCAGUUGAAUGCUGGCACUUAUAAUGCCCCUGGCACUUAAAAUGCCACUGUCACUUCCGCACAAAAAUGUGUUUCCUUCUGAAAGGAUUAACUUUAGUAUUUAACCUACUUCUUACAUACAAGUACCAAAACUUGUUUUGACCUAGUAGUGUUAGGAUGUUGGGAAAAGAGGGGCUUGUAUAGAUCAAUUAAAACUAUAUUGACUUUUUAAAGAGAAAAUUACUCUGUGUGUGUGAUUCUCCACGUCAUGUUUUUAUAUUGAAAACUCAUUGGGAAAAAUUGAGUGCUGAUGGAGAAAUGAAAGAUUGAAGAAAAAUUAAUCUUGCUGCUAUUUAAUCUUUUUUGGUUUUAAAGCUUCCAUUGUCCAGCUCUCUUAAACUUGAAAUGCUAAAACUGGGUAGUGAAGCAGCGCUUGCUGUUAAGUGCUAUGACAUGAGGGUUGUUCUGCACUUUCCACACAUAAGGGCUGCAGUGUCAGCACUCCACACAAUUAAGACAUCCUUCCUUCUCCUCUUCUGUUUCCUAUUUUGUGCUCUCUUUCUGUCUCUUCUGUAGGGAGAGAGCUUAAUAAAUAUUUAACAUGGCUG